AUUUGUUGUAGGAGACACCGACAACCGUGCAGCCUACUACUGAGGUGCCAUUCACAGCAGCUGCUUUUAAUGUAGCAGCGAUCUCGAUGGCAUCAACCUCUGCCUUACCUCAGCAUUCAAGCAGAAAAUCAAGCCUCCUGGAAAAUGAAGAAAGAAAAGGGAUAAUACACUACGUUGCCUCAAGUGAUGAUGCUAAGGAAGAAAUGACACCUUACUCCUUGCUCACUGUGAGAAUCAUAAAGUUGAAAAAUGCUCAUCAGGCAGAUUUUUUAAGUCAAUCUGAUUGCUAUGUGAGCCUCUGGUUGCCAACUGCUUCAGAUGAAAAACUCCACACCAAAACUAUCAAAAACUGCAGAAAUCCCGUGUGGAAUGAAAGUUUCUACUUCCGGAUACAGAGACAAGUCAAGAAUGUUCUGGAAAUUACUGUUUCUGAUGAUGACAUUAUUCAUGAUGAUGACCAAGCAAUUGUGCUUUUUGAUGUAGCUAAAAUCCCCCUUGGGGAAAGAGUGUUUAAAACAUUCCCGCUAAAUCCACAGAGGAGGGAGGAAUUGGAAGUUGAGUUUGUACUGGAGAGCAUCCUGGAUCCUCCUGAAACCAUCAUCACAAACGGGGCAAUAGUGUGUCGUGAGGAAGCCUGCUUGGAAGUUCACUUGGACAGCAGAAUGCAAAAGAAGCGUUUUUCAGAGAAUGAGCUAAUAUUUACAGUGAGUGGAUCCUUUGAAGAAAGCCAGACACUUUCACUGGGCUGUGACUCCCGCUCCCCUCUCCCAGAUCCCGCUUUCUUCCACUAUGCCAGAUACAAGCAACCCUCCCUGGAUGUUACACUCACAAAGAAGAGGAAGCUUCCCACCUUUUGUGCUUGUGUGUCAUGUGGAGCAAGGAGGAGAAGCAUCCCCCUGAGAAUCCCUUUGAAGUCACUCCCUUGUGAGCGGGAAGUAGUUGGUGAGCACAGAAAAGUUGAUUUACGCUUUAAGGUGAAAAAAUGUCAGGAAGACCUAGAUAUACGCCUGGGGUUUGACCUGUGUGACCAGGAACGCGAUUUCAUCCGCAAGAGGAAGAAGGUGGUUGCAGCUGCUUUGAAGGACAUUCUCCAGCUGGAAGAGAACUUGCAGGAUGAUGAGGUACCUGUGGUGGCAAUCAUGACAACAGGUGGUGGAACCAGAGCUCUGACAGCCAUGUAUGCUCACCUUCUCAGUGUGCAGGAAAUGAGAGUCUUGGACUGUGUCUCAUACAUCACUGGUUUAUCUGGCACAACAUGGACCAUGUCAAACUUGUAUGAAGAUCCUAACUGGUCCCAGAAGGAUCUUAAGGAAACAGUCAGUGGUGCCCGAAAGCAUGUGCUCAAAAAUAAGUUUGUUACUUGCUUUGCACCUGAUCGUUUGAAAUACUAUUUGAAGGAGCUGUGCCAGAGGAAACAGGAAGGACAUCAGCUAUGUUUCACGGAUCUAUGGGGACUCAUCAUUGAAGCCAUGUUCCACGAAAAGGAGGACUCCCAUAAGCUCACAGAUCAGCAGCAGGCACUAAAUCAGGGUCAAAAUCCCCUGCCCAUCUACCUCUCUCUCAAUGUGAAGGAUAAAAUCAGCGACCAGGAUUUUAGAGAAUGGGUUGAAUUCACCCCUUAUGAGGUAGGAUUCCCAAAAUAUGGAGCAUUCAUUCGUGCAGAAGAUUUUGGCAGUGAGUUCUUCAUGGGUCGCCUCAUGAAGAAAAUCCCAGAAUCCAGAAUCUGCUUUCUGGAAGGGAUCUGGAGCAGUGUAUUUUCCUUGAACCUUAUGGAUGCUUGGUAUAUAUCUGUUCAUUCAGAAGACUUCUGGCACAAAUGGACCCAAGACAAAAUCACUGACAUAGAUGAUGAAACCCUAUUUCCUACAAGACCAAAUGAGCUGGAUACUCGAGUGGUUUGUCCCACUGACAGCUUUUCAGACAUUUUCCGAGAUGUUGCGAUGUUACGUCCAGCAGCUUCAGAAAUCCAUAACUUCCUGAAGGGCUUCCAGAUGAACAACAACUACCUAGAGAGCAAGUUUUCCAAGUGGAAAGACUGUGAACUUGACUCUCAGCCCAACCACCUGACAACAGCAACAGAUUACCUUAUCCUGAUUGAUACUGCCUUUGCCUUUGCUACCAGUUACCCACCCCUUAUGAGACCAGAAAGGAAAGUGGAUGUCAUUUUGCAUUUCAACUACAGUUCAGGCUCUCAGACAGGGCCCCUGAAAGAAGCCUCUAAAUACUUUGCAAAACAGGGAAUUCCAUUCCCUACAAAGGUGCCAGAUGAUCAGGAAACUCCACAUCUGAAGGAAUGCUACAUUGUUGGUGAUCAAGAGAGCCCAGAAACACCAAUUGUGGUAUUUUUUCCUCUAGUAAAUGACACCUUCAGGGAAUACAAAGCACCUGGUGUGAAACGUAGUCCCUCAGAGAUGGCAGACGGUGAUGUUGAUGUUGCAAAUGCCUGUGGUCCAUACUACAUAAACAAUCUGAGCUAUUCAGAGGAAGAUUUUGACAAACUUGUUAAUCUAAGUUACUACAAUGUCCAGAACAACAAAGACUUGAUUCUCCAGGCUUUGCAUACUGCUGUGGAACGGAAAAAGCAGCAUAAGAAAGAGCAACCUCUGCAAAAACCACUCGAUGGGUAUGGUAUGUGUGUGCCUGACAGAGGGUAACCCAGCAUUUGGCUGACUGCCCAGCACUAGGGAAUAUGAAAUAAAAUAUCUAUGAGUCCCGUUAAUGAAGAAGAAAAUUAAUUUUAUUAGGAAGUGAAGAAAAGCCAAAGAAUGCUAAACAUAGCACAUCAUUUGUCAUCAAAAACUGCUAAAGCUUGCCUGUCAGUGGAGGGAAUAAACAGAAAAAAACAGAGCUCUUCCUUAAUAAACUAAUGCGCUUCCCUUGUUGAAAAUCUCAGGAUUGUGGCUGGGUGAGGCUGUGCUCCACUUGUACUUGCAGAAUUGACCUUCCAGACCAGGGCCGAAAUGUGUGGACAAAGAAGCACGAGGAAGUUCACACUGACCAUGUUUGUUCUCUACCUGUGCUAUAAAAACAGAGGAUUGACAGUUCAAAAAUGCAGCAAAGAACAAGAUCCAUUGUCUCUGAAACAAAAUCAAGAAAGCCAUUUGUGAACUGAGGAAACUUUAUGUGACUGUAAAUAAAUAUCAAAUUUAUAUAAUAAACCACAUUUUUUUGAGUAAGAAUUACAGCAAAUACAUGUUAAAGCCAUUUCGUUUAGGUGCUUCUUCCUCUUGUAGCAAGACAAUUAAAGACAACAUGCAGACAUUUCACAGCUCCUGAAGAAUUAUUGAAGAAGAAACUAUACCUGCUCCAGACCUUGAUGUAAACUCACCCAGGAUCCUGGGACACCUUGAGUUUACAAUUACAUUUAUUACAUUUAAGAUCCAUCUCUGCAUGAACCAACUCAUGCUAGUUUAUUUUUUCCAGUUGGAUUUAAAUAUUAUUGACCCAUAACAAAGGUUUAAAGCUUUAAAAUUUUUUGAGACUAUUACAUUGAAAAGGCACAAU